UACUGGUUCGGCGGCCAUCAAACCGUUUCUGAGAUGCCGACUGAAAAGCUUAGCGGUUUUCUGGACUGAUCAUUUCAUUCGGUUGCUUAAUCAAGCCCAUAACAACCUCUAUGAAAAAGGUGUUUUGGAGGCCCUGAGGAUGUUGGCGCAUAGUAAAAAUCAGCCCAGACUCGUCAAACCAACGGCUGGCAAAUUGAAAUCGUGGGCGAUUAAAAUAUUCUCGUCCGUAAAGGGCAACACCAAUCGAGAUGUUGUUCUGAACGACUUUCCAGAAUGGCUGGUACGUUGCAUCAGCCGAAUUAAAGACACUAACGAUAAAUUAAAGAGAAUUUCCAACGAGAAGAAAGAGAGUCGUCUGUCUACGUUCCAGGGUGGCCAAAAAAAGAAGGAGAAAAAGAAAAACAAUGCCGAAGAUGAUGACGUCACUUAUGGCCCGCGAGAUUGCGAUAUUGCUGUUGUGGACAGAAUCAAAGCUGGAACGCUGGACAUGGAUUACUUUUGCCUUGGUUGUCAUGUCGAGAUCAUGGGUCCGUGCACAGAACAUCCCCUCUUCCUCGGAAGUCUUUGCAAUCAAGAAUGCAAGAAUGAACUCCUUGGAACAAGUUACAGCGUUGGGGAGGACGAUAUUCACGUGGGCUGUGCCAUUUGCGGUUCGACGGGAGAUUGUUUAGUAUGCGAAAACGGUUCCUGUUCCAGGGUAUACUGUUCGUAUUGCGUGGAACUAUUGGUGGGCGAAGGAUCCAUGUCGACCAUUAUGCAGAAGACGCCGUGGUUCUGCUUUCUCUGUGCCCAUUUCGCUACAGAAUCUCACGGCUUGCUUCAACCUCGUUCCGACUGGGCCCUUAAAUUGCGGAAUUUUCUACACCAGGAAUUCCCACUGCAAUUAAAUCGGCAUUUGUCUAAGAACGGACAACCCUCUCUCCGGGUCGUGGUACUCCACGACAACCUGGGCGCUGUCAAUUACGCCCUGGGCUCAUUACGUCUUCACCUCGACCAGUACAUGGCAUCGGACAGGUGGGAAGAGGUGUACGAACUCAAUGGCGUCGAUUUUGUUGUCCUGAAAAAUGCCAAUCAAAUGAAAGACGAAGAAUGGGCCAAACUGUGUCCUAUUCACCUGCUCGUUUCUUGUCUUCCGGCCAAGAAAUUCGAUCCGCAACGUCAUCAACCUGCCGGCCGAGAAGUGGGUAGAAGACAAUUCGCCGAGGGAGAAUAUGGAGAGGCUUUUUUCGAUUUCUUCCACAUCAAAAAUUGCAUCGAACGUAAUAAUCAAGAGACUCCUCUUCUAUGGGCUGUCGAAAAUGUCAGCUGUUAUCACAUCACCAUUUCCAGGUUUCUUCAGAUGGAGCCCAUCAUAUUCGACAUUAGAGACGGUCAAGGCUGCGUCAAACAUCGUCUCGUAUGGACCAAUAUUCCUGAACAGAAUUUUAAACCGCAAUUGGAACAAGUGAUUAACAAUGAUUGUCCGUCCAUUUCGAGCCUUCCGCUCAGUCGCGAACCUUUCUUCAUUAAAUAUCCUUGGAUCCUCGAAGAUAUUGUGGCCAUUGCUCAACCUCGACCAGCCAAUUGGCAGGAAAAACACGACCGGAUGCUGUUCCAGCGCGACACACGAAGCAAAACAAAGAUAAUCAAACGGCCAUCCUAUUUGGAACACUAUUCCGUGGUCCAGCUAACCCAGAAAUCUGCGAAAAAGAGAAGGAAAAUGGACGACGAGUUCCAUCCGAAUUGGAGAUUACGUGAGCACGGCAACAAAGCCGAGGACACGGAUGACGAUCAGACGGAUUACGUGGCCGCUCUGACCAAUCACGCGACCUACGCCCGUUCGCUUGGUUUCCCCGAGCCGUUUCCGGAGUUUGUGUCUCAUCUGGAUGAGGCGGCCGUCCAAGAAAGAUUGAACCGUAGUCUGCCCGUCUCGUUGUGGAUUCAUCUGUUCCAGCCGUUGUUGAAAUUGGCGCGAAUCGCUGAACCGGAUUGUAAAUCCAAUACGCGUAGCCACCGUCACUGUCAUCAAAAUAGUCGCAGUAGUCACGUGGGGUGCGUUGCUGUUUUCUCAAAUACGAUUUCGGAUUCGGAUAAGAUCGGAUGUAAGAAGGUGCCUGUCUCUUACUCCUCGAUGACGGGGGAGAUGCAGACAGAGUUUCAUUCGAUUCGUCCGAUUCAGACGUUUCGCCAGAUUCCAACGAAUGUCCUCCGACGUCUUCAUGUUGAGGUGAAGGCGAUCCUUCAUUUUCGCUGGACAGUUGAUGCUUCGAAUGGAUCUCUACCGAAUCCAACCCGCCGUGAUGAUGGGUCAUGUGACUUUCCAUCGGCCCGCCAAGUGCGCAGAUGGCGAGACAUGCGAGAAUCCAGAAUCCAAUCAUCUGCGUGUUUAAAAGACGAUUGACAACAGUUCCAUUCCAACCUCUUCUUUUUAUACCCAAUAAAUUUUAGGUUUCAAGUCGUUGUGUUUACGUCGUAAAUUGAACGUCGAAAAGACUUUUCCAUCUCUCGAGAGUUGAAGAAAGGGGACACAAAGAUAACCUCGGAAAUGGGACUACAACAAAGACGAAUGGAAACAAAAGUCGAUGAACUUUGAAGCAUCAAACGUCAAGUUUCGCUACAGUGUGGAACGUCAUCUCGAGGUCAAGGGUUAUUGCCUUGUCCAGUAUGUGAUCAAGAGAUAUGCAUACCUUUUAUUUCGUGUUUUCUGACGGCAGUUGCUCAUCUGAUCCUCGCAGUGCAUCACUUGCAAUAGACACAGUGUUGACAUGUGCUGCAUUCGGAUACUUAAAUGAGGACGUGUAAAACAAAUGAACGAAAAUGGCGAAAACAUUGACGACACUAUUGUUGCUAGUCUUGUGCUGCACUAGUUGCCAAAACCAGAUGGACGAACAACCGGAAGGCGCAAAUGAUUCUGAAGGCAGUGGCUGGUCUGAUAUUGUUCAUCGGGUGGAGAUGACAUUAGCCUUGUUGGAUGGAUCAUUCUCCAUCAUGGAUGCGAUCGAAGACUGGAUCUUACCGCAACCGACGACGGAAGGAAGAUCUGCUGGACGGUGUCAAGCGAUUGGAAGAUCUCAUCCGACCCGAUGAGGGAAGCCAAUACAAGAAAGCAGAAGACGCCAUCUCGAGGGCUUUGUUUGAUGUGGCCGUUGUGCAACAUGUCUCGGCCAACGGAAUUUCAGAGUUGCAGAAACUGUUGUGGCUUGAACGUGCCCGGCUUCUCAAUGGCGAGAUUGUGUUACUGAUGGAAGGAUUGCUGGGUCAGCCAGUAACUGGAUCUGAUUUAUCGGGUAACAUUCAAGAAAAGAAGAAGGUUGUAACGUCACCGAGAUGUGGCAUAAAUUCGACCGGUACAAAGAUUUGAUUACGAAUGGAACGAUGGCUGUCGAUCAUUUCUCUCGUUUAGGACAAAUGUCUCGAGUGGAAUGGAAUCGUAGAACAACAGCCGUCAGAGAACGAAACGUGAAAAUAACGGCUCGUAAUAUCCAGCUGGUCAGUGAUUGCCUCAAGCGCCAAUUAAAUCGAAACAGCGAAAAAUGUAACGUCGACUGAACAACUUGCCGAUCAAGUGGCCAUAGUUUUGUCCACUCUCUAUCCUCCCCCGAUGCGCUGGAUCGUUGCUGUUCACACUAACGGAACGUUAUUGCCAUCUCGCGCAAAGUCCAAACUAUCAGCUGAUUACGCCUUCCAUUUGAAAGACUAUCACGUUGCUCUGUUUCCGUUUUAUACGAAUGGUAAAAUGCCGAUUAUCAUUGAGGGCCGGCUCGUCGAUCAAUUCUGUGUUCAGCCCGUCAGAGAAGCGGGUGGGUCUCCGAUCUGCGAUGUUGGGGCUAACGAUGGCGAGUACGUCUACAAUGAGCUCAGACGUCUGGGCAUCGUUCCGGACACUGCCUCACUUGAUUGUUGUCCCGUCUAAAGGCCAGCUGAGCAUCAGAGUUACACCAUCGGGCAGUUUAACUCCUUUCUUCGCCAAAAGAUACCCAGAUUUUGAUAUUGUCGCGUUUUAAUAUCGCAAACUGUUAAGUAUCGAUGUAAAUGUAAUUGAAAUAAAGCGGUGUGUCGAUUCA